AUGAAGCAUCAUUUGAUGGUCGGUACCUGGACCGCUCCCGGGCGCAUCUAUACCGUACAAUUCGAUGAUGAUGCCCUCACGCUAGAGUUGAUCAAAAAGACGGAGAUUCCAGAAGCGGAGCCUAUCUCAUGGAUGACCUUUUCUCACGAUAAGAAGACUAUAUAUGGCGCAGCUAUGAAGAAGUGGAACAGUUUUGCCGUCAAUAGCCCGACAGAGAUCGUUCACCAAGUGUCGCACCCGGUUGCUGGUCACCCUCUGGCUCCCAGCAGCGAGACCAAUACUCGUGCUAUCUUCGUGCUUGCCGCCCACCAGCCUCCCUACAAUGUUUACGGAAACCCUUUCUAUAACUACGCCGGGUACGGUAACGUGUUUUCUGUCAAGUCCGACGGAGCUCUAGACAGCAACAUCCAGAAUCAUGAAUAUGUUCCCAACACUGGAAUUCACGGCAUGGUGUUCGACCCCACAGAGACCUACCUGUACUCCGCCGAUCUCACGGCCAACAAGAUUUGGACGCACAUCAAGGAUCCCAAGACGGGCGAAUUGGCACUGGUAGAUUGCCUCGAAGCUCCUGAUGCUGGUGAUCACCCCCGCUGGGUAGAGAUCCACCCAAGCGGCAAGUACCUGUAUGCGCUGAUGGAGGCGGGCAAUCGACUGGCAGUCUACGUGAUCGAUGAGCGCACCCACAAACCAGUAUUCACUCACAUCACAUACCCAUUACUUCCUUCCGGGGGAGAAUAUCUCUUUGCCACUACUCGAUCUAACCACUUCGACGUGACCGGCUACAUCACCGCGUUCAAGCUCGGCGCCCAUGGCGAGAUCGAACGCCAACUCUUCAUUAACCCCACCUCAACUAGUGGUGGUCACUCCAAUGCUGUUAGUCCAUGUGACUUCAGUGACGAGUGGCUCGCACUCUGCGAUGACCAGCUCGGAUUUGUUGAGAUGUAUCGCUGGCGCGACGAGAAGCUGGCACGCGUUGCGCGUGUGGAUAUUCCCGAGCAAGGAUUUGGCAUGAAUGCCAUCUGGUACGAUUAA